GUGAUUGUAGUCGUGAUCCAACGUGACGAGGAGGCUAUGUCCAACGUGACCCAUCCAUGCAUAUGCGGCUUGCCGUAGCAUUGUGGUGUAGCCUCUUAUGUGAAUUUGUGCAGCUUCGUUGCAACUAGCUAUGAUUACGUCGAUUGUGCGGUUGGCAGCUGACCCGUGGAGCCGUCGACAGCAGCCCUUCCGAGUACCCAAGACAUUGUGGUUCGACCGGCAUCCGAGGUUCACUGUUGUCGUGAUCGGCAUCGGAGGCACCUGUAUCGCGUUUAGCCGAUUCAUAUACGACGCCUUCAACUCCCUGUUCGAGCCAGACAGUGACAGCAAACCGACGUUGGACCUAGUCAUGCUGAUGCACCAGACACAUUGGCGCAAGGAUGGCGAACGACCUAAGAGCUUACAAGAAGCUUUUGAAGAGCAAAAAAAGAUUCGCGAGGAGCAGCGGAAAGAAAAGGAGCGGCAGGCACGACUGGCACUCCGCCUGUGACUGUUGUUGUUUAGCAUGCAAGUUGAUAGGGUCAUUUUUCUUGUCAUGACCGAGUCCUUGAGAGGCUUUCGUGUGGGCGUUCCUCGGGCACAUUUCUUGUUCCGCCAACUGUGUGCACACCUUGGCACCUCCACCGCUCUUGGUGUUUUACGUUGCACCGUAUUUGAGUAAUGUCAGAGCAAAUGGUGUAGCCCGUUGUGCCCAUCCAGUGUGUGCUUAAGUGCAGCCAACUGAUGCCAGAUAGCAGAGAGCCUGAACCUGGUGUCCAUCUGGAAGUUAAUGAGCCUCGUGCUCGUGUUUUUCCGGUUUUGCUUGCGCAGAUUCGCAGUUGUGACUCUUCUGCUGUGUGUGCUUUCCCAAAUAAACUUCAGGUGGAAUUCA